CCUUACUUGUAGUGCCACUGGGGUGAGAGAAAUUGGAGCACUUUUGAUCAUGUGCACUCGAAGAAAAGAAACCGGUUGGAGCAACAACGGUUGAAUGCUUUGGUUUUUGUGAAGUAUAACAUUCAACUUGAGUUGAGGCAAAUUAAGAGACAAGAAAGGGGUGAGACUUAUGAUCCUAUUUAUUUAUCGGAUAUGGAAUCCGAUGAUGAAUGGAUUACCGAGAAAGAAGAUCCAUGUCUACCCGAAGAUCAUUCAUGGAUGGACAUCCAAGAGUGUUUCGAAGAUGAUGAAGGAACAACUAGCAAAAAGAGAAAAAGAGGACCAAGAAAUUUAAAUGCCAUCGAUAGAGGAAAAAGAAAAGUAUUUGAAGAUGAUGAUGAAGUUGAAUUGAUUGAAGGUGGAGAAGAAAAAGAGGAAGAAGAGUUUGAUGAAGUAACUAUGGUAGAUGAUGAUGAAGAGGAUGACUCUGAUAUUGACCUUGGAGAUGAUGAAGAUUGAAAUGAAGAAAUGAAGGCUUUUUGGAAUUUUUAACUUUGUCUAAUCUAACUUUUGUUUUGUAUGGUCUCUUUUUGACACAAGUUACUUUACAAGUAUAGAUUAGAGUUUUGAAAAGUUUAGAACUUGUUAAGUUCUGAACCUUAUUCAUGAUGAAU